AUGGGUGUGACAGUGAAGAUCAAUAAUGUUGAUAUUGACAACAGAUUUGUUGUGCCUUAUAAUCCAUUGCUGUUAAUGAAAUAUCAAACUCACAUAAAUCUUGAGUUCUGUAACAAGUCAAAUGUGGUUAAGUAUCUUUUCAAGUAUAUCAAUAAGGGUCCGGAUCGGGUGAAUGCAACUGUUGGAGAAACAUAUCAUGUUGGUGAAUCUUCUCAGGUGGUUGAUGAGAUCAACAGUAUUACGAUUAUCGUUAUUUAUCACCGUCUAAAUCCAUAUGGAGAAUUUUUGCUUAUGAUAUUCGUCAUAGAUAGCCAUCAAUUUGCUGACGAUGUUUACGUGUUGGAUGAUGGCCAACAGGCGGUUCCCGGAUGUGCGGUCUUUAACAGAGAGGCAUUUUCCACCAUGGAAUUCUUGAUAGAUGAUAAGGAGUAUAUUUCUGCUAUUAAGGAAGUUGUGGAGGUAGCGUCCGCUACACAGCUAAGGAGGCUUUUUGUGAUGUUGUUGCUAUAUGGUUCCAUGGGAAGACCUCUACAUGAGCUGCAAUAUCCCGAUCUAAUGAUGAAUCAAGACGAGUUGCAAAUAUUUUUUUUGUUGGAGAUUGAGAAACUAUUACAGAGUAAUGGAAAAUCAUUGAGAAAUUAUGUUGGCAUGCUAGUUCCUAAUGACUCUUUAGUCUCUCAAUUUAGCAAUUUGAUGUUGUUGCGUGAGUUGCAGUAUGAUACUGUUUCUUUGACUCGUGAGCAUGAUGCAAAUAUCUUAAAGUUAAAUGAACAACAGAGGACGGUCUACGAUAGAAUUAUUGAUUGUGUUUCGAAUAAGAGAUUAAGAGGCAUAGAUUCUUUUUUGUGUACGGGUUUGGUGGCACUGGAAAAACUUUUUUUGUACAAAGUUUUGUCGGCUAGAUUGCGACAUGAGAAAAUGAUUGUUAUAAACGUUGCUUCUAGUGGUAUUGCUUCUCUGUUGUUACCUAGUAGUAAGAUGGCGCAUUCUAUGUUCAAUAUUCCUGUUGAGCUGACUGAAGAUACUGUUUGUUGGAUUGAGAAAGAUAGUGCAAAAGCUGAGGUAGUCCGAUUGGCCGAUUUGAUUAUUUGGGAUGAGGUACCGAUGACUAACAAAUUAGCAUUUGAAAUGCUCGAUAGGACGUUACGUGAUAUAAUGGUUUCGGUCUCUGAUAAGAAUAAAGAUUUACCUUUUGGUGGGAAGGUGGUCGUUCUCGGUGGUGAUUUCAGGCAGGUCUUGCCAAUUAUUCCAAAAGGUUCCCGUGCUGAGAUUGUGAUGGCUUCGAUUAAUUCUUCUGUCCUCUGGAAAUACUGCGAAGUUUUGCAUUUGACAAAAAAUAUGAGGUUAACAAUCGGAUUGGAACAAUCAACUGCUCAGGAGUUAAAGUCGUUUUCAGAUUGGAUACUUCAAAUCGGUGAAGGUCGAUAUGGAACAGUAGUCAAUGAUAAACUUUUUGUUGAUAUUUCUUCUGAUCUAAUCAUUCCUGUCUUGGAAAAUCCAGUGGAAGAUAUUGUAAAUACAAUCUAUCCAAAUUUGGUUCAGAAUUUUUCUGAUCCAAGUUUUUUCCAGGAUAGGGCAAUUCUGGCUCCGACUGUCAAUAAUGUUAAAGAGAUAAACAAUUAUAUAGUUGACUUGUUUCCUGGUGAGGAGAAAAAUUAUCUCAGUGCUGAUUCGAUAUGUGGUAGUGAUGUCUAUUCUGAUGUUGAUGUUGAUUGGAUAAAUGUUGAAUUCUUGAAUCAGAUUAGGUGUUCUGGUCUACCUAAUCAUUCGUUGAAGUAG